AUGUCCGUUAAUAAUAAUUCAAUACCAUUUUUUGUCAUUCUUCUCACAAAAGAUGCACCUUGUACAUACAAUGGAAAAAUAUAUCAACAUGAAGACUUCGUUUACUCGAGUGCCUUUGAUGGUAUUGGUUGUAGUGAUUAUCACUGUAUCAAUGGAAAUGUUCAACUAUAUGUAACCGAGGACUGUGAAGGAGCUUUCACUGACGAAUACGAUGACUGUGAGCCAAUCUUUACAGAAGGAGUUAUCCCGAAUAUGAUUGUUCACAUAACCAUCGUAAAUGUAUUACAUUCCGAUGAAGUGACUAAUAAAUAA